CACGCCUUCUUCAAAACCCUAACUCUCUCAACUUUAAUUUUUCCCUCAAAUCGAGGUUCUUUAUUUCCCUUCCUUUCUCGGGAAAAUUCUAAUUUCCCACCAGCCAAACACUCGAUUAAACGUCAUGGGAUCUAGAUCCAAACCCGAUAAUCCUCUCUCGGGUGACGGCGCCAGCCCCGGGAAGAUUUUCAUCGGUGGUUUGGCUAAAGACACGACAUAUGCUACGUUUAACAAGCACUUUGGGAAGUACGGUGAUAUUACGGAUUCGGUUAUCAUGAAAGAUCGGUACACGGGACAACCAAGGGGUUUUGGCUUUAUAACUUAUGCUGAUCCUUCGGUUGUGGAUAAGGUUAUUGAUGAUACUCAUAUAAUCAAUGGAAAACAGGUUGAGAUCAAAAGAACCAUUCCUAAAGGCUCAGGUCAAUCAAUAGAUUUUAAGACAAAGAAGAUUUUUGUUGGUGGUAUACCGUCUUCGGUCACUGAAGAUGAACUCAAGAAUUUCUUCUCCAAGUAUGGGAAAAUUCUGGAACACCAGAUAAUACGUGAUCAUGAAACUAAUCGUUCUCGCGGCUUUGGAUUUGUAAUUUUUGACAGCGAAGAAGUUGUGGAUGAAAUGUUAUCAAAGGGAAAUAUGAUUGAUAUGGCUGGUACCCAGGUGGAGAUCAAGAAAGCUGAACCAAAGAAAGCCUCAAACCCCCCACCUCCUCCUUCAUAUGGUAGCAAUUCUAGGGGCCGUUCUUUCAAUGAUGGCUAUGGUGGAUUUGGAAGUUCUUAUGGGGGUUUUGAUGGAGGUUUUGGUCCUGGCCCUUAUAGGACACCUGCCAGUCUUGGUGGUAGGUUUGGUGGUGGAUAUGGGUAUGGUAGUGGUAAUGGAGAUUUUGGUGGAGAUUAUGGGAGUUUUGGUGGUAAUAGCUUAGGAGGGUACAGAGGUGAAUCUUCCCUUGGUUAUUCUGGUCGCUUUGGACCCUAUGGUGGCGGAUUUGGCAGUGGUUAUGGUGGAAGUGGUCUAGGUGGAUAUGGUAGAGGAGGUGAAAGCUAUGGUAGUUAUGGAGGUUCAGGCUACAGUGGUGGCUAUGAUAAUGGUCCAGGUGCUAGUUAUGGUGGAGCUAGUGGCCUAUACGGAAGGGGAGGCUAUAGUGGCAGUAGUCGGUACCAUCCUUAUGCCAGAUCUUAGAAGUAUCACUCAGGUUCCUCUAGUUUUUAAUCGUGCAUUGAUAGACACUCCCACUCAAGUACUAGAAGUCUCCUAUUAUAGCAGCAGGUGGGGAAGCUUUUCAAGAUCAGAAGACCUAUUACUAUUAGAUUCUUAUUUCUAUGUAUGCCAUAGACAAAACUUUAGAUUGCUUCAAACUAGUGCUUGGUGUGCUAUUCUAUGGUUUUCUAGUUUGUCUUUUGAUACAGUUUAUUGUGUAGACUAUAGAAAUCUUUUUUUUUUUUUUGAAUUUGUUAUUUUUUCUAGUUUGAGCUAGAUAGACCCUUCUGUACUCUUAAUUUCUUUUAGCUUGUAUGUUUUUCUGUUAGUAACCGGUCACUUUAGUUAAUACAAAUAGUAUUAUGGUCUAGAGAUAGACUUUGGUGGAGUUUAUGGUUUUGGUGUUAGACUAACAGUUUAAGGAUGCAUUGGUCAUACAAGAGAUAUGCUUUGCGAUGUUUAUAGGAGGGCAGGCCUCUUCAUUUUCGAUUAUUUGCUUCUACAUAGAUAUAACAACAAUCUCAUGAACCAAUGACUUUGUUUAAGGAUGCCUUAGCAGUGAACCUAACUCUUAUCAGCAGCCCCAAUGUGGUAGAUGCUGUAAAACAAAUGUGAUUACACUAUUCCCUUCCCCUUUACAUGUGUAUUGCUAUUCAAAAAAUUUUCAUGCUGGGUUUUCUUGACUGAUUUUGAUGAUACAAGGUUUCAAUUCGGUCUAAGUGGUGAUAGGACUUGCACAGAUUUACUUUGCAUUUGUAACAUUAUUGUCACUUUCUUUUAUGGAUUUGACAUCGAUCUUCUUGGCUUACCAAGGUUUUACCAAGUGACUGGGAUCUUAAUCAUAUUUCAUGUAUGCCCUAACACAAUCUGUGAUUUCUUGGUUUUGUGCUGUGGCGAGGAAACAUGGCGGUGAUCCCAUCCGCAUUCUAUCUGUUGCCUGCAGUUUUUUGACUUGGUUUCCACUUACAAUGUAAUGGAUAUCAUAUCUCAUCUAAUUUGUGUUUCAAUAUGAAAAAAAAAUAUAUAAUAAUAAUAAAGUUUGUGCAAUCCUUGGCUACA